AGAGCGCAGAGGGCACCGUCUGGCAACAAUAAGACUUCGGUCAAGGCAUGCGUCGAGGAGGACCAUGUAUACCAUCCGGGCAGUGGUGACCCGGGAUUUGCCGCGACGACCCUAUUCAGAUCCCAUCAUUCCCGACCCCACAAGCAGCCUAAGAUCCCUUUCUUUGGCAGAUGCUGACCCUAGAGGCAACGAACCAAUCGAUGUAGAGGUAGGGGCCGAUGCCUACGCCCACCUCCGGAGGAGUGGUGUUGUACAACCCGGAUUGGGAGCCGUCUUCGCCCAGGAGACAGAUUGGGGAUACGUGUUCGUCGGCCCAGUCACCUCACAGGCAAGAAACCAGGAUUAAAAAGAUACAAAGUGACACAAUAACAACCGACUCAAAAACCAAAUCUACACUCGACCCACAAUUGCAACAUCACAACAACCAUAAGUGCGGGACACAACAUACAACACCAACUAAUUCUAAUAUUGCAAACCCCCCACCUGUUAAAUACAAUGUCUAUCUACUACAAUCAACUAUACUCAUAAUUUAAAUUUUAAUCUACUUACUACUGCUACUUAAAUCUAUGAAUUGUGCUAUCUAAACCUAAAUAUUUGCUACUUAAACACUACGAUCUACUUAUAACUAAUGAAUUUAAAUAACAUAGAAAAGAACAUCACAAUAAACAAUCACCACCACAUUUGAAUUUUAAACAUAAAACUUCCUAUGUUUUAUUUCGGAAGGCAAAACCCUUAGUUUGACCCCAAACAUUUGGUCCAUUACGAACCGGAUAAGUGGUUUUUUUAAAUAAUUAAAAAACCAAAAAUCAAAAAAAUUUUCUGUUUUCUGCCCAAAAAUAAUUCAUUUUCAUUUCAAAAGACCCAGUGACCGAAACACAAAAAAUUCGCAACAACAAAAGUGCAGUGA